UCUACCAUUAUGUGCAAAAAGAUCAAAUAAAUUUCGUGAUUACAAUAAUAUUUCUGGAUAACUAUAUAAAUAAAUAUACAAUUAUUAAUUACAAUUCUUUUGUUCUCACAUUAUACCACGGCACGUCACAGGAGUUGGCAUAAAAAGUUGUCAUUGUUAAAAGAUACAUAUUCACAAAUUUAUCAUUAUACAAUAUAUUUACUACUAACUGCAACUGUAUAACCUGUCACUAGUAUUUAGAAUUACAUAUAUUAAAUUCUGGUUAAUUUUCUGUGGCAGUUUUAUAUUAUUUACUUAAUUACUUUAAAUCGAUAUAUACAUAUCAACAAUACGAUGACUGACGUCCAAUAAGUAAGUAAACAUUCUGAUAAAUACAUACAUGUACCUACCUACUAGAUAGAUAUCUCAUAUGUAUUUACGAUGUCAGGAUUAAGUUCUGCCACAGAUGGCGUGUUUUUUACCAUAAAAUAAUAUUGGUUGGGUUAGACGUACUUAGUUAUGUAUGUAACGAUUAACAAUUGUUGAUGCAAAAUAUCAACUUAUACAAAUUUGACGAAUAGUUUAAUAUUAAUUUUAAAUUACACUUUAGUUGUUAAUAGAAGUAAAGUGAAUAAGUGUACUUAUUAACGUAUGGUGAAUAACUGAUUGUGCACUAAUCUACUACAAAUGCUAAUUAUACUGAGAAUGUUUAUAACCUAAAAGUAUUUGAUAAUAAAAAAGAAAAUUAGCUACCGCGUACAAACAUUACAAUUUACUGUAUAUAUUUUUGAUAUAAUUAGAAAUUAUGGAUAGGACUCCAAUAUUGAAGCGGCCUAAGCCGACUGACAGUGAAGAAGAAUUAUUUCGUAUGCAAGAAGAAUUUUUGAAGAACAAACAACAACCGUCUGCAAAAGUAAUUAAUUUGCGAGGUUCAGCAAAAUCAUUUGAUAGUGCUACUUCUACGGGAUCAUCUAGAAAUGAAUCUGGUACUGGAAAAACAAGAUCAAAAUAUUCUGAGCUGAAGAAACUUAAAACACAUAAUAGAGUUUCUACUUCACAAACUAGCGGUGAUGUUAUAAAUCCUAUAGUUAAUGAAAGAAUUCAGAAUAAUUUAAACAUAGGAUCGCAAGAAUCUGUUCAAAACAUACCAGUUGCGCCGUCUAAUAUAGUAUUAGGAAAUAUAAUUGAAAAGAAAUUUAAUCCAAUUAACUAUAUUUUUAAUAAAAGGGAAUCUUUGUUUGAUUCGACCAAAGGAUUUCCAGAAGUAUUUGUUUCUAAGUAUAUGGAAAGUGAUGAUAAUGAAAGUUUAUUUUUGAAACAAGUUUCUUCAAAAAAGGAAACAACAAAUAAAAUGAAAAACUCUCAAGGGAUUAUAUCAUCAGUUAAUGAAGGUAGUGUUAUUAUUGAAGGAUCAUGGUCAAGUGAAAUACAUAAGGAAAAUUUGGAAAAAUUAAGUCAGAUGACUACAGAAGAUAUAUUGAGAGAGAAAAAUAAACUUGAAAUGGCUUUAAAACCAGAAGUAAUCCAAUUUUUAAAAGAGAGAAGAAACAGAAAACUUAAAGAAGAAAAGAACGAGGUAGAAAUUAAACAAUUCAAUAGUCUUACAGAGAAUCAAAAUUCUAAUGAGCAAAUGAAUGAGGAAAAAUUAAUUACAAAAGAAAUUUCUGACAAACAUGACGUUCCAUCUAAAAGUAAUGAUGUUAUACAAAUGGAAGUAGAUAAAUCUGAAGAAGUAUUUAAUGUAAAUAAUACAUGUCCAUCCAAAAACAAUGAUAUUGUACCUAUGCAAGUAGAUGAGCCUGAAAGUAUACCGAAAGCUCCAAUAGAGUUAAUGGAACAAGCUAAAGAGAAGGGUUGGGUGCACAUGGAUGCCCUUGAACCUCAGAAAUUAAAAUGGAUGGAAGAAGUACCAGCACAGAAAAUUGAAGAACCUGCUCCAAAUGAACCAUACAAUGCUCGUUUCGAUUUUAGUGGUUUAUUAUUGCCAUAUAAGGACGAAAGUGUGUCACUUGAUAAAGGUCUUCACCAUCAUGGAGAAGAACCUGAACGUCCUGGAUAUUCUUUACAAGAAUUAUUACAAUUAAGUAGAUCAGCCACACAACAACAACGAUGCACUGCUCUUACAACAUUAGCAAACAUUAUAGAAAAAAGUCGCAGUGGCUGGUAUGACAAAGCAUUACAACCAGCACCUUUGAAUGCUCUCAGUCAGAAAAAUAUUUUGCUACUGUUACGAUUUUCAUUAGAUGACACAUCGGUAGCUGUAGUUACAGCAACUUUACAAGCACUUAGAGCAUUUUUAUACAGUGAGGCAGAUGAAGUUUGUUUAGAUAGACUGUAUGGUUUCAAUAAUUACAAGGAACCUGUUUUGAAGACACCAAAAACAGAUGUUUCUGAUACAAGUGAUUUAAAAGACCAUGAACUGGCUCAGUUAGAUGCAAUAGCUGCUUUAUUAAGAUCUGAUAUUCUUUUAAGAAUCAGAUACAUUUUAAGCGAAAUGCGGCCUCCGCCAGUUGGUGUUACUUCUGCGUUAGAAAUAUUAACCAGGCUUGUAAGACAUUCACCUAUAACAGCAUUAAAUGUUGGAAACACACCAAAUUUAUUAGAAACGAUAAUCGAAUUUUUUGUACCCCUAUCUACAAACUCAUUAGCAAUGGUCAAUACUAUAAACAACGUGUAUGGUGUUCCUGUUACUGCUGCUCUUAAAUUUUGCCGAGUUUUGCUCUGUUAUGGAGGAAAACCAAUUUCUCAGAAGUUAAACAGACUUAAAAUUGUGCAAAGCAUUUUGUCAUACAUCAGUUGUGAUGCAGGGAAAGAAAGUUUUAAUCUUAGAAUUGAAAGUUUACGGUUAUGGAAACUGUUGUUACUUCAUGGAGAGGCGAUGGACAGUGUAACUGGAGCACAAUUAACUCUUUUAUCUCAGUUGCAACUUCUCUUAAGCAGUCAUAAUAUUCAAACCGCAUCCGAAUUGUCUUGUGAAUAUGCAGCAUCUUUAAUAGCUGUAGCUAGUUGUCUAACACCUUUAAAGGAAAAUAUAUCAGUUUUAUUAAGAAAAUGGAAUAUACAGUUACAAUCUCUAACAAACGUGACGUGGGGAAAAACAAAACUUAUAUCAGAAACGUUAUUGGCUGUUGGUGAUACUUCCGCUGUUAAAACAUUGAGUAUAUCCCGAUCGCAAGUAUUUCAAAAACUUAGCUCUACAUCGAAUUUAUUGAGUGAAUGUAGUCCAGCUACAGAACGUGAACCUUCUUGUCUACUUCACUUAGGAGUAUUAACUCAGGAUGGACAGUUGCAGCCUAUAGUAUCUGAGCCAUCUUGUUUUCCUUUUCUUGGUACUACUUUCAGUAUUUUCACCAAUUAUUCUUUUAUAGAAGAAAUUCAAGCAGUGCUUAGUCUUCCACAAGUUUAUAAGUAUUUAAAAAGAUUGGAAACAACAGACUGGUGUUUAGAAAAAUCAUGGUAUACAAGAUCUGAAUUAUUGUUCUUAACGAGUAUAGUUAAUGCUGCUUCUAUUAUUAAAAAGAAAUUGAAUAAUGAAAUAAUGCAUAUUAUUUGGAAAAUUGCUAUUAAACUGGUAUCGACAUUGCCAGCUGAUUCUUCGUCUGAUAUAAAAAAUAUGUUAAGAAGUGCUUUAUCAGAAGAGAAAUUAAGUUUAGAAAUAGUCGCAAAUGAAUUAGAAAAAUUGAAUUUAAGUUCAAAUAUACAGGAUAUUACACCCAAUUUAUCUCGUAAUGUGGCAACUAUAUAUGAGCAGUAUGUACCAUUGAAUGGUGAAUGGGAUCAAGCUGCAAUGCCUAAGGAUUGGAUUUAUUUACCUGUAAUAUACAUUUACACAAAGUGUAGAAAUGCUGGUAAAUGUAACGAUGAAGACAAAUCUGUCAUCUUGACUGUACUAAGUUUGGAAUUAAUAUUACCUGAUUUAGUUGAAAAACUUUCACAAAGCUUGAGAUUUAGCAGAUUAAUCUUGGUGUAUCUUUGCGAUACAAUAUAUUUAAAUAAUGACGUUUCGGUUUUGCUUACUAGAGCCGUUUCAACUUUGUUGAAAGAUCAUCAUAAGAAACUUAAUUUUACAAUGGAGUUACCUGGAUUAAGUUCAUUUACUGAUCUAUUUACCGCUAUGUGUGAACAUUUCUGUUCGACUUCUUAUGGUGAUAACAGUUUUUCAAUGACCUUAUUGGUACCUAUUGCACAAAGACAUGAUGCUCAUUAUAGAAAGUUAUUAUGGUCAGAGCAUGCAGGUGUGCUUCGAUACAUUAGGUUAUCAAUAGAACAAUUAGUUGUUCCAUUAAAAGAAUAUUUGUAUCCUAUCGAGAAAGAUACAUCUUUAAUAGAAAGUUAUAUAACUGCUCUUGUCAGAGGAAUUGUAAGAAAAGAUUGGUGCCCAGUUCCUUACACAAUUGCUAUACAUCACUCUGCAAUGUAUUUAAAACAGUCUGAUAAAAUAGCAAUGAAGAUGAGAGUGCACCUAGCAAAAAUACCUAAUAAGACUUUAGCUACUUUAAUAUUAAAUUAUGAACCACCUAAAUUAUAAAUAUAAAUAUUUAAUUCUAAAUUAAAAAAUUCUGGAAUCCUUGUAAAUUAAUUUCUAAUACAGUCAUAAAACAAUAAUAUAAGGAUCAUUGUAACCUACAUUGUAUAAAGUGUAAUUUUAUAUUUUUUGCAUCUCUGUAUUCAAUAAACAUUAACUUAUGUUUCGAAAUAUAAAUAUGACUAAUAAAGGGUAUCCUUAAGGGGUUAAAUAAUUCAUUUUAAUCAAACAAUGUACAUAUAUCGGUAUUAUUGAAAAAACAAUUAAUUACAUGAUUAAAGAAUAGGAACAAUCUGUGUUUACAAUUGUACAAAGCAUAGAGGCACUGCUUGGUCAUUUUUGCUGAUUAUAAGAGUUGUUAAUAAAAAAUUGUUGUUGCAAUCUGAAAAGCAUAGUAUAUAUCAGACAUUUUUUGGCUUGCUAAUUAUUUUCAUUUAAUACAAUUUUUUGGAAUAAAGGAAAUGUUACUGUAUGUAGCUUAGUAAGAUUCUCCAUAAUUCUCUUACCAUUAUUUAUAAAAUACUCAAUCUAAUAAUGUAAAUAUAGUAAUAAUAAAAAUAAUUAUACUCAUGAAAAAAAGAUUGUGAAAGUAAUUGAAAAAUGAAGACUUAUAUAAUUUUUUCAUAAUUUAUUGUAUUAUAGUGCAAUAAAAUGUUUAAUAUUGUGCCAGAAGUUCAAAAUUGUAGCUUUUACCUUAUGUUGAGUACAUAAAGUUCAAUGUUUACACAUUAUGGUAGAAAUCCAUAUUAUGAACAGAAAUACACAAACAAGUAAAUAAUUAAUAGUUCUUAUAAUUGCAAGAACUGAUUGUUCGAAAAUUAAAUGUUUAAGAUAUGUGUAUGUAAUUAUUUCAAUAUCUUUAAGUAUAAAAUUUUUAAGUCUGAUUUGUUGGAAGUUUAAUUUGUCGUUAGAAAUAAAUGAAAUAUUGGUUCGUUUCUUAUAUGCGCAUAUAAAUGCAGAAUUUCUGCAUUCUAAAACGCAAUAAGUAGAAAUCCUAUAACGGUAGUUGCAAUUAUGCGGUAACUUAAUUUCACGUACCUCGUAUGGCGCUACGGUCAUUAUUACGUGUUGUUUCAUUGUAAGUUCGUGUUCAAACGCAUUAAAUUGUUAAAAUCUUUUAUCACAAAUUAUAAGCGAGAAAAAGGAAAGAAAUGCAGUUAUUGCUCGAGUGAAAAGCAAUUCUUUAAAAUACUAAGAAGUAAAUCAUAACUCCAGAUUAAUUCACGUAUCACGUAUCAAAAAUGAACAAACGCAAAUCUUUCUUUUUCAUCUUAAACGCUUUAAAUAUCUAAAUUAGCGCAUUAAAUAA